CAGGUGAUGGGCGUGAGCGGUGUGAAGUGCUGGGUGGCGCUGGCCUGCUGCUGCCUGUUGAUGAGUCAGCUGACCUCCGCUGCACCGCCAGACUAUGACACCCUGAACUACAUGUACGACUGGCUGGCGGAGCACGAGGUGGGUCGCCGCGCCCCGCCAUCCAUGCGGCUACGAUUCGGCAAGAGGGACAUGGGGUGGCAGGUGGCCCAACGCUCCAUGCCUUCCCUCAGACUCCGCUUCGGCAAAAGGAAUGUGGAUCAGGUUGACCCUCUCUUCGACCACGACCUCAUUCGCAAGGACGCCCGCACGCCCGCCCUAAGACUGCGGUUCGGGAAGAGAGACACAACAACUUACGGGGAGGAGGACGGGGCCAGCCAGGAGCAGUAAUGGUUACAUAGCGAGGGCUGCGUGGCUCGCUGACGGCAGCGUGGCUCGCCGAGGCUGACUGGCCGGUUGGCUGCGCGGCGCCGUCUGCCCGGCGUGCCGCAGGGAAUCAUUCACGCCAUCUGGACUCCAAACCGCCCAGCCCACUUCGCUCCUUCUCCCCCCUUAUGUCUUGUGGUUUCUAAUUAAAGGUUUUCCUCCGACUGAUUUUAUUAAGACUGUAAAAAAGGAACAUAAAAAACAAUGUAAAGACACUCCUAUCACAUUAUAUAGAUUUCAACUAUAUAUAUAUAUAUAUAUAUAUAUAUAUAUAUAUAUAUAUAUAUAUAUAUAUAUAUAUAUAUAUAUAUAUAUAUAUAUAUAUCAGGCGAUCUCGUGCGAAGACAACCCACCAUCUGCAUUAUGCAUACGUUAACAACACUUGCCGAGACAUCUUUGCACAGCUGACUCACCGGGCAUGAGGCAGCACCACCAGCAAGGCGGAAAGGCAAAGGACCCGGUGUUACUGUAAAAUGUACUGUUUGUGUGUCGAAGAUGCUCUCCCUCUAGAGUCUAGACCUUCUGUUUAGUUCACUGUCUAAGAAUGAGUUUUAGUGAUACUCUUGCCUCAAAAUGAAGCCUAACUUAAAAAUGAUCAAUAGAACCGUCAGGAGUCAACUGAUGCUCCAAAAAAGAAUUAUCAGGUCUCACUAGAAGGCCACUGGUAGCAGAAAAAAACGGACAUGGACUCCAAUGAUCCGCCUGCCCCUUUCCCGCGGCGAGACAGAACCACCGCUGGCGUCUUUACGAGGCAAGGCAGACGAAGGCGAAAUAUAAUCGUUAUUUGCAGUGGCAUAGCGGGGGAGGGGAAUCUAACUAAACCCCAAAAAGACCAGUAAAAAUAAUGAAAAAGUGGUAUUACAUUGAAUUGGAAGCUGUGGAUUUAUAGAAAGGAAAUGCAUAACUGAGGGUCAAAUUCGACUCUAAAAAAACAUUAUCAUGCAUUAAUCUCUCUAAUUUGAAAAUGUCUGCAUGGUAAUUAAGGAAUGAUGACGAUGAUUAAUCAAAUCUACGGUGAAAAACUCUUAUUACAUAAAACUAUACUGAAUCUCACUCUCUUUGGAGGCUCGUUGUCAUUCAUUGGUUAUUAAUAAGCAAUUCCAUUUACUGUGAAAAUGCAAAAUGCUGCUUUAGCUUGUAGUUUUAUCAUCCCGUGCUUAUACUAAUUUUUCAACAGCAAAAAAUAUAAAGUUCCUAAGAUAAGUACGAGAUAAACACGCCCUCCAGCACACUUCCCUGGACAGACUUCUCAAGGUGUCCGCCACUGAAGAAAAGCAGGCAGUCCUCCUCCAGCAGUUCUCCUUCUCCGAGCCACGGCUGGGCGGCUUCAGACCUUCCCUUCCCCCUCCCGUCCUGCAAACCUCACCCCGACGGCCAUAGUGGAUUGAAUCAUUAUAGUUCUUUGUUAUUUCUUUUGACAGGCAUUAUUGAGUUUUUGUAACAGUAAUGCAAGGUUGUGUGUGUCCAGAAAUACAAGGUAUUUCAUGCCCUUGGUGAUACCAAGCAACCUUUCGUUUGAUUAGUGCCAGGUGUUUGAUAUCUCGCGUCAUGACAUAAUGAGGUCAGGUCCCGUGCCCCUUCAGGUAAUGGAAACGAUUAUUCAAAACAAAUGUUGUAAACUAACUGCCACCAAACGCGAGCUUAAGAGCAUUGAAUCAUGAGACAUAUGAUAAGCCAACAUUAUGGUGUUAACGUUUGACGACAGAAGCCAGUCAUGUUUGAUAAUAAUGACCAAGUUCUUGGCUUAGAAGGGGAAGGAAAGAAGGAAGUUAUUUAUCUCAAUCGUGUAAUGCAGAAAAGUCCACAGCACUAUGUAACAAAAAUACAGCGUGAGAACAGCUUCAAAUUAGGAAAUGUAACACUUGGCGCCUUGCCAGUUGGUGUCUGUCUCGUCUGAGUGGCAGCGCAGCGAAGUAAAGACGCCGGCAGUAUGUCUUCGUAUCGUCUCUUCCCUACGAACAUGUGAAUUGGCUUCGAUAUGUUAUGUAAGGCUGGUCAUUUUGGAAUAGACUUACCAUUAGAAUAUUGUAGGCCUGAGAGUAAAUAAAUAAUUUAUUUUGA